AUGUCAGUUUUAAAAAAUAUAACCUCACUUUCAACUUUUUCAAAAUCUUUAAAUUUAAAAAAACAAAUAUCUGUUGACUUUUCAAACAAUAAUUCCCUUCAAUCAUUUAAUAAUUAUUCUAGAUGGAGUCCAAAUUAUACAAUAAUUGGAUAUUGUUGUAAAAAUAUCAUUGCUGCUUGA